CUGAAGGUCUACUUAAACUCACUUACAGAUGGAGAGACCCAGCCGCUGGUUAACAGUCUAGUCAAACCGACGUGACAGCAGCACAACCAAAGCGCCGCGACUUUCCCAAGGCAUAUGUUGAGAGCUCAGGCUUUAGUGUAAUCGUAUAUUCCGGUGAGGUGAUCUGACGUACCGUUUUUUCAACGCAUCUUCCCAGUGUGAGUGUGCGCGCGUUCAGCACUUCGGCUCCAUGACGGGACUGUGUGCGCUCUGCCUGACCGCGCUGCUCGCAGCAUUCGCUAGACUGGCUGAAAGCGUCAGCCCUGUGGUCCGCUGCGAGCCAUGUGACGACGGGGCAAUGGUGCUGUGUAAACCGCUGCCCCGGGACUGCGCCGAGCCGGUAAAAGAACCGGGCUGCGGGUGCUGCAUGACUUGCCCGCUGACCGAGGGCCAGGCGUGCGGAGUGUACACAGGGCGCUGCGGUACCGGGCUGAGCUGUCAACAUCGCCCAGGGGAGAGCAAACCUCUGCAGGCUCUACUGGAGGGUCGGGGCGUGUGUGCGGACAAAAAGCACAGCGGCAAUCCGUCGCACGGACAAGAUAACCCUGAGGAGGAAGGAGAGGAACAGGUGUCCAAUGAUACCAGGACAACAGGCGCAGGGGUUGCUGAGACAGUCCAGGACACAACAAUUGUUUCCGGGGACUUACCGGGAGGGCAGAGGAAUGCAAUAAAACCCAUAGAUCAUAUGCCGCACCCCAAAGAAGUGAUUAUUAAAAAAGAUCAAAACAAGAAAAGUCAGAUCUUUAAAGGAGAACCAGUUUCCAUUGCAGUUCAUACAGAUAUUCACAACUUCAGUCUGGAGUCAAAGGGAGAAACUGAAUAUGGCCCGUGUCGUCGAAAGAUGGAGAGUGUUAUGAAGACUUUUAAGAUCUCAAAUGUGCUGAACCCAGGAGGCUUCCACAUUCCAAACUGUGACCAAAAGGGUUUCUACAAGAAAAAACAGUGCAGUCCAUCCAAAGGGCGCAAAAGAGGUUACUGCUGGUGUGUAGACAAGUACGGACAAUCCAUACCCGGCUAUGAUGGAAAGGAGAAAGUCCACUGUAUUAACAUGGAGUCAAAGUGAAGGGAAGGGAGAGGCAGAGCGAUGGAAACAGGGAGACAAAGAGGGAUAUCUCCCCUGAAGAACCACAUGAAUACAAAUUCUAAAGUGCUGUCCCAAAGCUGACCUCCUACUUGUAUGCUGAGGCAUGGACUCACGUGACCAGCAACUCACUUUACACUUCAGGAGAGUGGGGAGAAUGAGAAGAGGAGACAGAGAGAGUGUCAUGUCUUCAGUUCUGGAGUGUAUCCUGAGAGGGAAAUGUGAACAUAGUCAAAAGUUCAAGCAUAUUUUAACUCAGUAAUGGUACGCUAAGUCUGAGCAUGUGUACUCUUGUGUACGUGAGGGAUGUUCUGUACUUGUUCCUUCUCCGUUCUGCUGCAGCGUGUAUCGCUCUCUGCCAGCGGCUCUCUCUUAGUCCCACUUCCUGUUUCUGCUCUCCUGGUGUAGGGUCGUUUAAACUGGGCAUGCUCCGUGGCACUAGACGGCUCUAGCCAUCGACUCCA